AUGGUCCACAAGUACAUGAAACAACUGACAGGUGAAGGGCCUGUCACCGUUGUCAUCGAACCGUCCUCUGCCCGCGUGGGAGAACAGGUGACCCUGUCCUGCCAGCUGGCUGAGGAUGUCCCCUCCACCACCAAGGUUCUCUGGUACAAGAUGGAGAAGGGGAGGGAUGCCCCACUGUGCUCCUCCCCCAGCCUGGAGGGGGUGGUGGAGCAGGGCCAGGAGGGAGAGCAGAGGAGGAUCGCGGGACGCUGGCAGAGGAGAACAUUCCUGCUGAUCAUCUGGAGGGUGACAGUGGGUGACGAGGGGACAUAUGUGUGUGCAGUGAAUGGCAGUGCUGUCACACAGGAGGCUGCUGCUCACCUGGAUGUCACAGCCAUUGGUCACCAGCCCACUCUGGCCAGGGAUCUACAAGAGGACAGUUGGUGUCGCUACACGUGUAGGUCAAAACGAUGGUACCCAAAGCCUGACAUCACCUGGACCAACUAUGGAGGAGACACACUAAACGUGGAGGCCAAGACCAACGUCACCUGGAGUGAGAAGGACCAUUUUGUGGUGCAAAGCACCAUUGAAGUGCCCUGUGAUGCUAUAGAUGUGGUGUGUGUGGUCAGACUCAUCGAAUCCAAGAUCAGCCUCUCAGGUUCCAUGAAUGAACUUCUUCUGCCACAGUCGAGCACUUGCACCUACAAGGGCAGAACAAGAGGUUCCUACAUAGACCCCAAAGUGAUGUGGCUUAAUCCCCAAGGAGAAGAUCUAUCUGCACUGGCUCAGACCAGCAUCCUCCAGGAGAUGGACAAUAUUUUUGAAAUAGAAAGCUCCAUUGAGAUGCCCUGUGGACAACUACCACCUUCUUUUGUGGCCACUGAGAAGGACAGCAGUCCACAGAUUGCUCACCAGGCAGAAAACAUCAACCCUUUCUGGAUAAUCUACUUGCUUCCACUCAUUAUCUUACAAGCCCAUCUCCAGAGGCAGAAAGCCCAUCUUGAGAAGCAGAUUGCCCAUCUUGAGAAGCAGAUUGAGGAGCUCCAGACCCAACUCAGGACAUCCCAGGAUGCAGAGGAAGGAAAGCAGAAGGAGAUGGCCCAUCUUGAGAAGCAGAUUGAGGAGCUCCAGACCCAACUCAGGACAUCCCAGGAUGCAGAGGAAGGAAAGCAGAAGGAGAUGGCCCAUCUUGAGAAGCAGAUUGAAUUCAGGAAGGCUCGUAACAACGCAGAUGAAAUCCAGGUGGAUGAGGACUCAGCCCACCCAAACUUGUCUAUUUCUGGGGACAAGAAGAGUUUCACCCAUCAAACACAAGCCCAAAAAACGACCCCAAAUGAGGAGAGUUUCGACUCCACCGUCUGUGUCCUGGGCUCUCAAGGUUUUUCCUCUGGGAAACACUAUUGGGAGGUGGAGGUUGAAAAAAGCAACAACUGGGAUUUGGGAGUAGCCAGAAGAUCUGCUCCAAGGAAAGGAAUCAUGUCCCUGUCACCUAAAGAAGGAUUUUGGGUCCUGGGAUUAAGUUUUAACGAUUAUUGGGCAAGAACCGAGCCAUGGACACGGUUGGUGGUGCAGAAAAAUCCCAAGAAAAUUGGAGUUUUCCUGAAUUUGGAGGAGAAAAUCCUGACUUUUUACAACGUGACCGACACGUCCAUCAUGUUCACCUUUAAAGACUGUGACUUCUUUGGGGAAAUUUACCCUUUCUUCAAGAAUUCACACAAAGAAUCGACCCUGCGGAUUUGUUCCGUUAAAGAGGAGUAA